AUGGCGUCGUUUGAAGCUCUCUACGGUAGAAAAUGUCGAACGCCACUUUGUUGGUUUCAAGAAGGAGAGAAUGUGUUAACUGGACCCGAACUUAUCCAGCAAAUGACCGAGAAGGUGAAGCUAAUCCAAGAGAGAUUGAAGACGUCACUUAGCAGGCAAAAGUCAUAUGCGGAUAAGAGAAGAAGACCUUUGGAGUUCGUCGCAGGAGAUCAUGUGUUUCUUCGACUCAACCUGAUCACUGGAGUAGGUAGACCCGUUCGUCCAAAGAAGUUAUCCCCCAAGUUUGUCGGACCUUGUCAAAUCUUGAAGAAGAUUGGACCAGUAGCGUACGAGUUGUCUUUGCCACCUCAACUGUCAAAUCUUCAUCCAGUCUUCCACGUUUCCCAACUUCAGAAGUACAUAGCGAACCCCUCUCACGUAUUGGAGUUGGAAGACGUUCAACUUCGUCAAGAUCGAACGCUGGAGAUGCAACCAAUCCGUGUGGAAGAUAGCCGCACCAAGUAUUACAAAGGAAAAGACGUUCAUUUAGUGAAGAUGGUGUGGGACGCAGAGACUGGUGACUCAUCGUGGGAAGUGGAGAAUGCUAUGAAAGAAUUGUACCCUCACCUAUUUCCGGGUAAGAUUUAG